UCUUAUCUUCUUCUUGAGACUGCCUAAAAGAAGAUCACUGAGAAGCAAACAAGGGGGAGGACAAAAACAAAGAGCAAAGAUGGCGGCUUCAAUGAGCGGAAUUGGAGUUGGGUUAGGCCUAUCUUGUUCUUCCAACCUUUCUAAGCCUCUUCAUUCUUCACAAUCCUCUGGUUUCCGCGUCAAGAUGACUGUUUCUGUUGAAGAUAAGAAGAAGAAUUACUCCCUUCAGAAAUCUGAAGAAGCUUUCAACGCUGCCAAGAAUCUGAUGCCAGGAGGUGUAAAUUCCCCAGUCCGUGCCUUUAAAUCUGUUGGUGGACAACCAAUUGUGAUUGAUUCUGUCAAGGGUUCUCACAUGUGGGACAUUGACGGUAACCAGUAUAUUGACUACGUUGGCUCCUGGGGACCUGCAAUAAUCGGUCAUGCAGAUGAUCAGGUGCUUGCUGCUCUGGCCGAAACAAUGAAGAAAGGAACCAGCUUUGGCGCUCCUUGUCUUCUCGAGAAUGUUUUGGCCGAGAUGGUAAUCUCCGCCGUGCCUAGCAUCGAAAUGGUACGGUUUGUAAACUCGGGUACAGAAGCUUGCAUGGGCGUGCUGCGGCUCGCGCGUGCGUUUACCGGCCGAGAAAAGCUCGUCAAGUUCGAGGGUUGUUACCAUGGCCAUGCUGAUCCAUUUCUUGUCAAGGCAGGUAGUGGAGUCGCUACCCUAGGACUGCCCGACUCUCCUGGUGUUCCAAAAGCAGCAACUUUUGAAACUCUAACUGCCCCUUACAAUGACAUAUCCGCCGUCGAAAGUCUCUUUAACACUAACGAAGGUGAACUUGCAGCCAUUAUUCUUGAACCCGUUGUUGGGAACUCUGGCUUCAUUCCACCUAAACCAGACUUCCUUGAAGCCAUACGUCGCCUUACCAAGGAAAACGACGCCCUCCUCAUAUUUGACGAAGUGAUGACCGGAUUUCGCCUGUCCUAUGGUGGGGCACAGGAGUAUUUCGGCAUAACUCCAGAUUUAACAACCCUAGGGAAGAUAAUUGGUGGUGGUCUGCCUGUUGGUGCAUAUGGAGGAAGGAGGGAGAUUAUGGAAAUGGUGGCACCUGCAGGGCCUAUGUACCAGGCUGGGACCUUGAGUGGGAACCCAUUGGCAAUGACUGCCGGGAUACAUACCCUUAAGCGAUUGAAAGAGCCGGGAACUUACGAAUACUUGGAUAAGAUCACCGGAGAACUUGUUCAAGGCAUUUUAGAUGCCGGAAAGAAGACGGGACACGCAAUCUGUGGAGGGCAUAUCAGUGGGAUGUUCGGGUUUUUCUUCACAGAAGGGUCUGUUCACAACUUUGAUGAUGCAAAGAAGAGUGAUACUGCAAAGUUCGCCAGGUUUCAUAGGGGAAUGCUUGAAGAAGGUGUGUACUUAGCACCAUCACAGUUCGAAGCCGGAUUUACAAGCUUGGCACAUUCUUCCGAAGACAUCGAAAAGACGAUUGCGGCGGCCGAGAAAGUUCUUAGCAGGAUUUAAGGUACUUUGCCCUGCCUUGUUCUUCCUUUCCUGUUGCAUCAUUGGCUAUUUUGCUGGAGAAUUCAUUGUUCUUUCGGUAGCUGUUUUUUGGAUCAAGAUUUGUAACCAUUUC